AUGAGUCCAGGUUUACCAGUUCCAAAUUUUCAAGAUGAAGCUUUAAAUAAUACAAGAAAUGAGAUUCUUGAUAUUUUAGAAAAAAACAAGAUUAAAUAUGAUAUACAUAUUGUUGGAGUCAAUUCUAAUGUACCAAUAUUUGUUGAUUUUGGAUCGAUUUUGACUUAUUCAAAGAAUGAUCAAGUCAAUAUAAUGCGUGCCAUUAAAGCAAAUCUUCCAAGUAUUUUGAAACAAAUUGGUUCUUCUUUGGAUAAGGUUGAUAAUAUUCAUAAGGCAAAUGUACAAAACUAUUUAACUAGAGUUGUUAUUACCAAUGUUCCAGGAAAAUCAUCUACCUCAAAGAAGGCAACCUAUUAUGUCGAUGGUACUUUGGAAGUGGGUACUGUUUUCGAGGACAGUUUGAAUUGCUCCUACUAUUUGGAGAAGAAGAUUCUCACUGCUUGCAAUGAGUUCCGUCCAGUUCAAGGUGCUGUCGUUCCAGACAAGAUGGCCGCUUUCGAGGCUGUGCCAGCUGCCGCCGCGCCAGCCACACCAGAGCCAGUCGCACCAGCAGCUGCACUCGUCGGAACAUUGGAUUUCUCCAUUCCAAACUACCCAAAUGCAGCACAAGAAACAUUGAAACUCGAAAUUCUUGCACUUCUCAAACCAAUUGUUAUCGACCAAUCGGUUUUCGGUCGUCCAGCUUUCGAAAUGCCAGUUUACGUCGACUGGAACAGUCUGGCACAGAGUCCAGAUCAAACCGUUGUGUUGAGAGCGGUCAAGACAAACUAUGCCAAUAUUAUCAAGCAAGUCGUUCCAGCCAUUACCAAGGUCGACGAAGUCAGAAAGCCAGCGGUUGCCGACUACAUUAUUUCCGUCGUUCUCCAGAACGUCCCUGGAAAGACUUCCACAUUAAAGAAAGCUAUUCUCUCACACGAGGGAAUGUUGAUUAUCAACACCACCUUUGAGGAUUCAAUCAAUUGCUCUUACUAUUUGGAGAAGAAAAUCACUGCCGGUUUGAAUGACUUCAUUCCACAGAGUGGAUAUCAACCCCAACUCAGAGAACCAGUUGCCGCGCCAGUUGUUGCCGCUGCACCACAGCCAGCUCAACCAGCUCAGCCAGCUCAACCAUCCAGACCAUCCUACAACAUUCCAGAUAAAUACAGUCAACCAUCUGCACCAGUCUAUCAAUCUCCAGUUCAGCCAGUCUAUCAACAACCAGCCGCAGUUGUCCAACCAGUUUACCAACAGCCAGCACCAGUUGCUCAACCAAGUUAUCCACCACCAGUUGUUAGACAACCAAUUGCUCAACCAGCACCAGUAGCAGUUGCUCCUCCUCCAGCUCCAGUCGUCCAAGAACCAAAGGAAAAGGGCAGACCAGAAAUGGAGUUCAAACCAAAUUUCACAGAUCCAGCACAGAUUUUCCAAAUCAGAGAAAUCGAUGCCAUCAUCGACAGUUUCAAGGUGUUGGACGAUAAGGAUAAACCAAUCGGUGCACCAAUCUAUUUGGACUGGAAAUCAAUUAUGGUUUACCCAGCAGCAGUGAAGCAGGGAACAGUCAUUAGAAAUGUCAAUUUGGCAUUGUACCGUUUGUUGCGUGAGACUUUGAAUGCUUUGAAAUUGGCUUGUUCCGACUUUGCCAUUGGUGACAACAUUCGUGCUUACCUCAGAUCGUUCACCGUUCAAAAUAUCGCUGGUACUUCAACCGGUGCCAAAAAGGUAGUUUACGAAGACGGUCACCUCACAAUUCAAACCAUUUUCGAAGACUUUGGAAAUUGUGCACUCUAUUUCGAUUCCAAGGUUGUCCAAGCAUUCUCUGCACGUCCAUCACUACCAGCACCAAAGAAACCAGAAAUGGUAACUUUGAUCAAAGAGGAACUUGCCAUUCGUUUGAAUGCUCACAAAGAUUUGACUACCACCGAAGGACAUCCAAUGGCACCAACCUGUCCAAUUGAAAUGGACUGGUCGUUCCUCACCACCAAAGGUUACGAAUCGAUGGGAAUUGAAAACAACUUGAUCGGUGCGUCCAAUCCAAUUCUAACUGAUCUAUUUGCAGCACUCGCCACCUUCUCCAAUGAGGAAAUCGAUAUCUUGAAGAAAGAAGUCAUCAAGAUCAAUUUCGUUCAGGGAGCAGUCGGAAAGACUAUGUUUGACAAGCGUACUGUCAUCAUGACAGAUCCAGGUGUUUUGAAUGUAACAUCGAUUUUCGAAGAUCGUACUGAAGGUUCGAAAGGAUUCAAAGAGAGAUUCAUCAACUCGUUCAAAGCACGUCUUUACAAGGUGGAGUUGCGUGAUGUUUUAAUCCCAGGUAUCGUCAAGACAAUCGACGCCGCCGUUCGUGCCAAGGUAAAAGCCAACUACUUGGACAAGAUUGUCGUGCCAUCCGACGCCAACUACAGCUCAACUGUACUCUUCAACUGGUCGUUCAUCGAGAAGGAGACACCAGAGAAUCAAGUGAACACCUAUCGUGCAGUAUGCGCCAACUUCAAGGCUGGAGUGGGAUUCAUUGAGAAUAUGAGACGUGCCAUCGUCGACAUUUGCAGUUACGACGUUGGAAAGACCGCGUUCUUGAACACCAACAAAUUCAUCUUUAUCAACGACAUGCGUAAGAAGGAGGAGAACGUCAAAUUCACCGGUAACAACACCUGGGAAUUCACUGGAACUUUCCACGAUCCAGCAACACUCACUCACUCUGAGAGAAAGAUGAACAUCUUCUUCAAGGAGCAACUCAAGGUUGCAUAUCCAUGCGCCAUUCAAGAUACAUUCCCAGAGAUUGACGAUAUCGUUGAGGAUUUGUCGAGCGCCACCGGAAAGAAUGUUCCAAUCGUUAUGAACUACGAUUCCUGGAGAAACUACUCGAGAUUCGCAUCGGACCAAUUUGCAUACAAGGCAAUCAAAGGAAUUGCUGUCAGCGUUCCAAACAGAGGUCUACAAGCUAUUGCAACUCUCACUAAAGAUGCUAUUGUCAAGCGUGAAUACACUGCCAAAGUCAACACCAUCGAGAUUGAGUAUGACACCUCCGACAGCGUCAAGGCACAACGUUCAAAGGAUCCACACUGUAUCGCCACACUCCGCGAUGGAAAGUUGCAUUUCAAGUUGAAUUUCUCAGAUGGUCAACACGAUGCUAAAAUUGCAUCAUGGGACUACCAGCUGGAGUUGGUUUUAGGUACAAGACCAAUGAAGAUCAACCGUGCCAUCGACAAGGCAAAGUCAGAUUUAGCUGCCGUCUCACAGGAAAUGACUGCUUUGAUUGGCAAGCCAAUCACCGUGCAAGUCGAAUACACUGGUUUCAUUGAACAACGUAAUUUCCUCCAUGAACUUGAGGAGCCUGUUUACACUAAAGUCAUUGCAUCGUUUGCCAAUUGGUUGAGAGCAUGUUGGUUGAAGCACGAGCCAUCGGCAUCGCUUGCAACCUACGCCACCGUAAAGCAAUCUCUCCAAACUCAGCUAUCAGUUAUCAACUUCCAAAUCAACUGCCAAAACAAUCAACGUGAUCUCUAUGAGUUCCAGCUGAGCGGAACACAGUUGAAUGUAUCACUCAACUUGACAACAGCUAUUGCUGGCACAACCACUCCAUGGAGAAUCGAGUUGGAGCGUGUCUUCAAGUUGCGUGACCUCAAGAUCAACGAAGAGAUUGCCAAGCGUAUCGAUCUCGUCAAGAACAAGGCUGCCAUUUCCAAGGUCAUUGGAAAGCAAAUCGAUCUUCAAAUCGAUUGGAAUUCAUUGAAAUCCGAGGCGUCAUUCGCCGCCAACAUGGACGACUACAUUAUGUUUAUGCACAAGUUUGCCGAGGAUAUUCCAGCUGAACUACCAAAGAUCACAGGUUUCGGAGAGUUGGUUGAAUUCUCAGAGGUUCAACAAACCGUUCAAUCCAAUUUGGACACCAUUAAAUUGAUUGCCGACAAAGCUGGAUUCUACGCCGAACUCAAAGGUAAAGUUUUGGAGAUUCGUGUAGGAAUCAGAAAUAUCGUUAAAUUCCUCAGAGAUUCCGAUGGAGAUUUCGAGUCGUACGGUCGUGAGAUUGAGGCAGCUAUGAAUCUACGUAUGCAAAUCGUCCGUGGAUUCAUCAAGCGUAAGGAAGUCGCACCACUCCAAGAAACAAUGCAACGUUUGGCCGGUGCAGUCGAGCAGCCAGCCAAAGUUGUCAUCGAUUGGGAAGGAAUUAUCGAGCACCCCAAAUUCGACAAUCACGUCGACUUCAAGCCAAUUCUCUCGAAUAUCUUACAGUUGCCAGCACAGCUGCAUCCAGUCAUCCAGUUGUGUCGUGAAAAUCUCAGUGCUAAACGUGCAUUGAAGGAAGUACACACCUACACAAUCAGAAUCGAUGGUACCAGCAAGGUCAACGAAUCGGAAUUCACAGAGAAUAAAUUCGGUGUCGAUUGGGCACGUGCCAGCUUCAUGGCACCACCAUCCAAGGAUCACAUCUUGAUCUUGGUCAAUUUGGACAGAAUGAUUAUCUCACCAUCCGAUUUGGAGCUUGAAGACAAGAUCGAGUUCCUCGUCACACCAGACUUGGCCGAAGAACGUUACCAAAAGAAAUUGGCUCGUCAAGACAGACAAGAGGAUCUCGACUAUCGUCGUCGUUGUGACGCCAGAGACGAACGUUGGCAAUCCGAACAACGUAGAAUGGACCAAAGAAUGUUGGACGCUCAAAACGAAAACAACAGAGAACUCAGAAAUCUCAAUCGUAAACUCAGAUGGUAA